AUGAAUGCUGGGGAGUUUUUGUGCGGGGCUGGGGGUUGGGGCGCGCAUUCAGCGCCGUGAAGGGUUGGGGUUGAAGUAUCCGAGUUGGGGAAGAGAUCUGAGAUGGAACGUUGACAACCGGGGGUUUCAUACGGAGAUGCUGCUAAGCCUACAGGGAGCUUCUUCAGGUGAAUGCGCGGCGGGGGAGGAGGGGUGGAUGGACGCUGAGCCUUGAAGCGACGCAAGGACCGGGCUGCUUCUGCACAGAGAGGAGAUGCUGAGUGGCGUUUUGUACUCAGGCCCCUUGAGAAGGGCCGUGCUGCCCGGCAGUUGCCCGUGGGCUGGGAUCUGUGAUGGUUUCACGUCGACCGGUGCACAGAGAAAGUCUCCGUGCUGCGGAGGUGCAGCCGCUGCCGUAGGGCUGGUUGUGCCCUGCUGGUCGUUAAGGCAGAGCCGUCCAGACAAAGCAGCACGGAAUAGCGGCGAUUUGAGCCUCUUGCCGAGGCAUUGGUUGUUUUCAGAGCUGUGAGGAUUCGUUUAAUGGAGUGUCCACGUUAUUUGGGUGUAAGGUCAGAAUGCACAGCAGGGAGAGCUGACGUUUCCGUGCCGCUGCUCUGGGUCGUCGGGCCCAUUUGCCUCUCUGCGCUUCACACUUCCUGCUACGGUAAAAUGAAACAAAGGCAAAUUAGCAGCUUUAAAUAUGAGGUAAUUGGGUAUUUCUGAUGCAGAUGGAGUGGAUAUUUGAACUUCUUGUUAUCCAGUCCUGUGACUUCUCUCACGACAGAAGUUAAGGCAGAAUUUAUGUCUCUAGGAAGAGAGGCUCCAUGAGAAGCUUGUCCUCGUGCAAGGACAGGAGGUCUGAUUUAACUAUAGGAGAUGUUUCAUAGCUGGCAAUGCUUCACAACUUGUCCACAGCCCCAGGAGCGCAGGCUGCUGAUGCUUUGGGUGACUGCAAUGCCCACCCUCACCGCCUCUGCUUUUCUUCCUGCUCUUUGCUGAGAGCUCAUUAAGGGCGAUGGGAACGGCGUGCAGCACAGAAUCAUAGACCAGAACCACUCAGAACCACCACGAUCACCAAAUCCAACCCAACCCCUCACCCACACCACAUCCCCCAGCACGGCUCUGAGACCCACUGCUGAGAAAAGGGGGCAGGGUGCCCAUUUUAGGGCUGCGACGGAGCCAGAUGUGGAAGAGCUGUGCUGGGUGCAUCUCCUUUGGCUUUCCUUGUUGGUGCAUCUCCUCUUGCUUUCCUUGCUGGGCUCAUCCAGCCUUGCAGCUCUGGGCAGCCCUGUCUGAAUACUCCAUUUCUCCACACAGAGUGAACAGAGCUUUAUGCAUCGACGUGGUGGAGACCACAGAAAUUUUCCAUGUGUGCUGGUGGCACAGAUAGAUAACAGUGGGCUGCAGUUGACACCUCCUUGCUGAGCUGCUACCUGACCACCAGGAAAGGGCUUUGUCCCUCCUGGUGCUGCUCCUGGGUUACGUGCAAAGCGGAGAAAAGACGUUCAGAUCUGUAGAAAAAAAAGAGGAAAAAGAGGGAGGAAAGGAAGGAGGAAGGAAGCAGAUGGCUGUGACACUGUGAGGAGGGUGAAGCCUGGGAGCCAGCCUGCAGCUGCAGGGCUCUGUGGGUUCCAGCAUCCCAUGGGAUCCCCAUCACAGCUCCCAGAGAGGAACUGGGCUCGUGUCGGUGCCAACAGCUCUCACAAGGGCUGCAGGUCCGUCCUCAGCUGCGGAAGAGGGGCUGUGGCACUUCCUGCUGCUUUCUGCUCCAUCCGUGUCAGCGCUCGCGGGGCGCAGAGAGGAGAGCAGUGAAGGGGGUGAGCCGGUUCUGAGCUGCAGGUUGCACUGAGAGCGAGAAAUGCAGAACCUCUCGUUUGGGGCAUAUGUAAAAGCCUGUAUGCUGACAUGUGAUGAUCAUUAGAUUCACAGAGCAGCAUGGAUCUCAGCAAUCCCCAGGAGCAGCCCAAGGCCGCAGAGGGACAGGAAGUUCUGGAGGAGUGCGACCUGAGCAAAGGGCAGGAGGUGGAGGGCACGGAUAAUGCAGAGGAGCUGAAGGAGCACAGUCAGUCCAAUGGAGAAGCAGGAGAUGAUGUUAAAGUGAAAAGCGAAUACGGUGACAGAGAGGAGAGUGCUUUAAAUGCUGAGCGCAUGGAAAACCCGGAAGAAUCCGAAAUACCUUACAGCUACCCCAGAGAAUACAACGAAUACGAAGGCAUUAAGCUGGAAAGGCACCUGGGCUCCUAUGACAACGCCAGGCCAGCGAGUGGCAAGAUGACCUGCGAUAUCUGUGGCUUAGCCUGCAUCAGCCUCAAUGUCUUGAUGGUUCAUAAACGUAGCCACACCGGUGAGCGGCCAUUCCAGUGUAAUCAGUGCGGAGCUUCCUUUACUCAGAAGGGUAACCUCCUCCGCCACAUUAAGCUACAUACAGGGGAAAAACCUUUUAAAUGUCAUCUUUGCAGUUAUGCCUGCCAGAGGAGGGAUGCGCUAACGGGUCACUUAAGGACACAUUCUGUGGAGAAGCCCUACAAGUGUGAGUUCUGUGGCCGGAGCUACAAGCAGAGGAGCUCUCUGGAGGAGCACAAGGAGCGGUGCCGCACGUACCUGCAGGGCAGCGGCGGCUGUGAGCCGGCCAACGUGGAGGCAAGGCACAUCAAGGCCGAGAUGGGGAGCGAGAGAGCCCUGGUGCUGGACAGGCUGGCGAGCAACGUGGCGAAGCGAAAAAGCUCCAUGCCCCAGAAAUUCGUUGGUGAGAAGCGGCACAGCUUUGACGUCAAUUACAACUCAUCCUUCGCCUACGAGAAGGAAGGCGACAUCGUGCAGGGCCGCAUGAUGGACCAGGCCAUCAACAACGCCAUCUCCUUCCUGGGGGCCGAAGCCCUGCGCCCUUUGGUGCAGACCCCCCCAGCUCCCACCCCUGAGAUGGUCCCGGUCAUCAGCACGCUGUACCCCAUCGCUCUGCCCCGUGCCGACGUCCCCAACGGCAGCGACGACAAGAGCCACGUCCCGCUGCGGGAGCGCGCCUUGUCCCCCAACAACAGCGGCCACGACUCCACGGACACGGACAGCAACCACGAGGAGCGGCCCAACCCCCCCUUCCCGCAGGGUCCGGUGCUCCCCGUGCCCCGCAACGGCCUGCCGGCCCUGAAGGAUUUCCCCCGGCCCUACGACAUCAUCAAACCGCCGGCCGUGUGCCCGCGCGACGCCUUCAAGGUCAUCAACAAGGACGGGGAGGCCAUCGGCGCCUACCGCUGCGACCACUGCCGGGUGCUGUUCUUGGAUUACGUGAUGUUCACCAUCCACAUGGGCUGCCACGGCUUCCGCGACCCCUUCGAGUGCAACGUCUGCGGGUACCGCAGCCACGACCGCUACGAGUUCUCCUCGCACAUCGCGCGCGGGGAGCAUCGCGUGCUGCUCAAAUGAACGGCCUCGGCACGAGGGAACCCGCCUGGCUUCACAGAGCUCAAACCAACACCACCUCCUGCGUUUUCCUACGCCGGUUUUGAGUGCCAGAAGGCGACGACGCCUUUUAUGUUUUCUAUUAUUUUUUUAACAAGAUUAUUCAGUGUUUUGUAGCAUCCGUGCCCAGCUGCCGUGCCGAUGCGGUGCGAUGCGUACCACAGGCACAGGCUGGCUUUUGUAUGAACUUGAUGGAAAUUAAGAGCCUUUUAAGGCGCUUUUUAUUUUUCUAACGUGCAUUUGUUUUCAUGGUGUAUGCUUUAACGGCGUGAAAGGCUUUCGUUCCCCACUGCCAGCUGCUCUGCUUGGUCAGAUGUAUAGGAAGAACUCGUUCUCAUCACCAAAACACAGAAAACUUCGUCUGGGAGGGAUUAUUCAUUCAUUUUUAGAGGUUUUCCCCAAGUCUGAUGCACACACGGUCCCGUCCCAUCCCCCUCAUUUCUCACCACUCUUUGAAGCCUCUCCCCACGUGCACCUCACCCGGAGCAAAAGGAGCAGCAAAACCCAGUUGUGGGGCUGGGGUUUGUCAGCAAUGCAGAUACCCGCUUGGCUCUCCACGUGCCAGCUGGGGGAAAUCCCCAUUUCUGUGGAUGGGAAGCCCUGAUGCACGCCACGAAGGAGGACAAAGCUGCACUGGAGCUCACGGCCACAUCAUGCCCUCUGUUUCCCCGUGGCCACCAAACACAGAGCCACCCAUCCCACAGCGGUCCUGGCAGAUCUCAGCACACGUGUGUGGGGCGUGCAGCUCCGUCCACUCGGACGUGGGGAUCUCCCUGGGGCUGAAAGGCGCCGCUUUGCAACGCGGGCAUCGAUGAUGACUUUGAAGCCGGUUUGUGAGAUGGUUCUUUUCAUCUGAUCGCUGCUCUGCAGCUGUCUAUUAGUCACGGUGUGGGAGAUUGGUGUGAUAACGGUUCUGCUGAGCGCGGUUAUUCCUGGCAAAGCGUUUCUGUAGGAGCAGGAUGUGUUCCUGUGGACUUUUCACGUCCCCUACGCUGCUCCAUGCCAACACCGCUGUGGUCUUUGGCAGUGUGAUAGCUGUGGUGGCCCCUCUGCAAAGGGGGGGGGUCGGGGUGCAGAGCUCCAGAUGGAGCGUGAAGGGUCAGAAAUGCCCAAUUUCAUUCUGCCUUUGCCCUUGCUCUGUUCCCUUGGGUGCCGCCUCCCUGAAGCUCAAGGUGCAAAGUGGAAAUUAUUCAUUUUUUCCCCACUAAUCACGGAAUCGUUACGGCUGGAAAAGACCUCGAAGAUCAUUGAGUCCAACCAAGGCCACGUCCCAGGAAGGACGGAUCGAUCAGCUGCUCUGCAGAGUGCUGCAGGAGUGUGAGAUCCUGCUUAUCCACGGGGGUGAGGAAGGAGAACUGGUUUUGAAGCCUUGUGCUUGGGAAGGCUCAGAGCAGUCCCUGUUUUGGCCAGUUCUCUGCUCAGCACCCGUUCCCUCACGCUGCUCCAUGGGGACACAGCGGUUCCAUGCACACCAGUCAGCAAAAAGCAUCUCUCCACUUUUCACGGGGAGCAGCACGGAUUGCGGAGCAUGUAUCACACUGCUUUCCUUCUCACAUCACCACUGAAUCCAGGAAAACACCUCAGUUGCCCUUUGU